AUGAAGACAGAGUCUUACAACUUCCUAUGUAUCAUAGUCUCUGUCCUAACUCUGCAGCUCAUCAAUGGCUCAUCAGCAGCAACACCACCUCCACCUCCUGAUCGAAACUCUUCAACUUCUUGUAACAGAAUCUGUGGAGGAAUCUCGAUCCCGUUCCCGUUCGGAAUCGGCGAGAAGGAAUGUUAUCUCAACAACUGGUACGAGGUUGUCUGCAACAAGAGCACCUCCAGAUCCGAUAAAAACAUUCCGUUCCUCUCACGGAUCAACAUGGAAGUGGUGAACCUCUCUCUCCCAGAGCCAGAUGAUAAUAAACCAUACGGAGUGGUUCACAUCAAAGGUCCUGUGACUUCGUUGGGUUGCUCUAGUCAAGUACCUGAAAAGUCAUCGCCGGAUUUGAACGUCACAGGCAGAGGCAGUCCAUAUUUUCUCACAGACGAGAACCGCCUCGUGGCGGUUGGUUGCGGUGUCAAGGCAUCACUGACAGAUAUCGAGUCAGAAAUCUUAGGUUGUGAAUCUAUCUGCGAAGAUGGGAAACGUAGCCAACAAGUAACCAACUCAAUAUGUGAUGGUUACAAAUGUUGUCAGGCUAGGAUACCAAUGGACCGUCCUCAGGUUAUAGGUAUCAAUAUAGAUGUCACAAGAGGAGAAGGAUGUAGAGUUGCGUUCUUGACUAACAAGAGGUAUUCGCCGAUGAAUGUUACGGAGCCAGAACAGUUUCAUUCAAGGGGAUACGCCGUGGUCGAGCUUGGAUGGUACUUUGAUACUUCGGAUUCUCGGUUUAGGAACCCCUUAGGUUGUAGAAAUAUGACCCGUUACCGUUCCUACAGCAGCUUCGAUAAAUGCGGUUGCGAGUACAAUCACUUUUCUGGGAUGAGAUACAGGAAUUGCUAUUGCAAUCUUGGCUACACUGGGAAUCCAUACAUUGCUCAUGGCUGCACAGACAUAGAUAAUUGCAAAGAACACAACAAUUGUGGAGAAAGGACUUGUGUGAACGGGCCUGGAAUGUAUAGCUGCGAGGCCAAGAUUACCAAGCCGGAAAAAACCUCUGUGCUUCAAGGUGUUCUUAUAGGUCUAGGAGUGCUGUUUUCUGUCCUAGCAAUCUUGGGGAUGUACAAACUCGUUAAGAAGAGAAAGAAGAUCAUCCGAAGCAAGAACUUCUUCAAACGCAAUGGAGGCUUGCUGUUGAAGCAACAACUAACAACAACAAAAGACGGAAACGUGGAGAUGUCUAGGAUAUUUACCUCAAAAGAAUUGAAGAAAGCUACUUACAACUUCAGUGUAGACAGAGUGCUUGGGCAAGGCGGUCAAGGAACUGUGUAUAAAGGAAUGCUUGCGGAUGGAAGAAUCGUCGCGGUCAAAAGAUCAAAACUUGUGGAUGAAGACAAGAUGGAGGAGUUCAUCAAUGAGGUUGCACUUCUCUCACAGAUCAACCAUAGGAACAUUGUGAAACUCUUAGGGUGUUGUCUAGAGACGGAAGUUCCAGUCUUGGUUUAUGAAUACAUUCCCAAUGGAGAUCUGUUCAAGCGUCUGCAUGGUGAUGUUUCUGAUGAUUACAAGAUGACUUGGGAAGUACGCCUUCGUAUAGCCGCAGAGAUCGCGGGAGCUCUUUCAUACAUGCACUCAGCUGCAUCGUUUCCAAUAUUCCACAGAGAUGUCAAGACUGCUAAUAUACUGUUGGACGAGAAAUACAGAGCCAAAGUGUCUGAUUUUGGAACUUCGAGAUCAGUAACCAUUGAUCAGACUCACUUGACAACAUUGGUUGCUGGAACGUUUGGGUACAUGGAUCCAGAGUACUUCCUAUCAAGCCAAUACACUGACAAGAGCGAUGUUUACAGUUUCGGGGUUGUCUUGGUAGAGCUCAUAACCGGUGAAAAACCAUUGUCACGUGUCCGGUCUGAAGAAGGCAGAGGCUUGGCUGCUCAUUUCAUCGAGGCCAUGAAAGAAAACAGAGUGAUUGACGUCAUUGAUGUUAGGAUCAAAGAAAAUGAGGAGAAGCUAGACCAAGUAAUGGGGGUAGCAAAACUCGCUAGAAGGUGUAUUAGCCGGAAAGGGAAGAAGCGGCCAAGCAUGAAGGAGGUUUCAUUUGAGCUGGAGAGGAUCCGCUUAUCACUCGAAAAUUCAGAGGUCCAUGUCGAAAACUACGAAGAUGAGGAUCAAAUUCAAUUAACUCAGGACAUGAACAGAAAACAGAGUUCUUGA